AUGAGCAAACCAUCAACACCAGUCACCUCUCCCAAAUUGCAACAAACAUCCACCACGGGAGCAAACGAUGCUGCCACUUCCACAGUUUCUUCCUCGGUUUCAUCCACGGUUCUACCGUCCAUAAUUUCAACAGUUGCCAACUCUGACAACAAAGAUGACAACAAAGAUGACAACGGCAGUGGCAAUGGAAAAAGCAGUACCCAACCUACAAGCGAAAGUAGCAACAAUAAUGGCCAUAAUUUCAGCAACACCACUAGCUCACGACCUGCAAGUUAUUCACAUGUCCAAUUAGAUAAGCCGAUUUUGAAUCCACCAGCAACCCCUUCACCACCAAACCGAAAACGAGUAUCUGCAACAUUUGUUAAAACUCCCGAACAACAAUCAAAAGAAUCUAGCGGACUUAAAAGAAACUCUGUGCAACUCCCGUUUACCCCGUCAUAUAAACGAACUAGUACCGGUGGCUUCCGAUCUCCAGAUGGGAAAUUAUCAUACCACAAUGUCAAUUCUCCUUACAGUGCAGCCCACCUAUUGAAAACUCCACGCCAUUCCCUAAUUGAUGACGACUCGCUUGAUAAUGAUAAUGACCACGACAAUGACAAUGAUAACAAUGAUGAGGAAAAUGGAAGGAAGUUGAAGAUGAUAAAGACUCCACAGUAUUUGAACACAGCCAAGCGCUUGUUUCAAAAUGACGACUCUUUAGCAGCAUCCCAAUUGCAACUGCAACUGCAACUGCAACUUCAGCAGCAAGCGACAUACUCAGCAUCUAGUCCUCCACGAGAUAACAAUUUUCUGGAGAUUAGCUCACAAUUGAAAAACAAAUUGUCUUCGGCAUUUGGGAAAUUACAAAAAGACGAAGCGCUGCUGCACCCGCUGCCGCACAAAAUUACAUUUACUGAAUUAUCUUUUGAUUCACAAACUUCUCCAACUAAAAAGUAUAAUCCUGAGACUAAAAUGAAGCUCGAGAGUACUUGGGUUCCAACAAAAACACUCAACAGAGCCAAUUUGAAUUUACAAACUCUACAACUGUCCCCAUUUCCAAAUCAACCAUUGUCAUCAACCACAUCAACCACAUCACCAGCACCAACAAGUGCUUCUACUUUAGGAGUCUCGCCCAGGAAAGAACACUUUGGAUUUAGGUCAAACACCACUUCGCCAUUGAAAAACUCGCCAGUGCUAAAGCAGUCGGCAAAUUUAGCUUCCAUCUCUAGAUUAAAUGAUAUGCCUUCGCCGGAUGAAGAAUCUAACGCACAAGCAGCAUUACUCGCCGCUUUAUCACGACUGAAACGCAAGUCAUUCUCGUCGAACCCAGAGGAAACUCGAAAUAAUAAUGGUUAUGCUAGUAGUGGUAAUCAUCAACAACAGCGUGAUCAUCCACAUCAUAAUCCACAAUAUAAUGCACAUCAUCGCCAGAGCCACGACCACAGUAGGAACCAUAGUCUUGGAGGUAAUAACCCGCCUCUACAAACUACUAAUGCACCACCAUUAAAUAUAAACACUGAUAUUAAGUUACCUCCAAUAAGACCUAGAUCGUCAUUUGACGAUAAGAACAACGAGAAAGAUGCUGUAUAUUCAUUAAUGGCCCUAGCUUCGCCUCAAGCAGUAGGGUCAAGGCGAGGAGUGGUUUUCAAUGACGAAACAGACGAUGAUGAAGGCAAUGUUUCUGAUGAAACAGUUGAUGAAGAUUAG